UUUCUAUUAAAAUAUACUUAUAGUUAAGCCUAAGUUACAUUUUUCAUUUCAACUGUAAAUAUAAUGUAGGACUAUUUAACAAAUUAUGGUACAUUCUAAUACUUAAACGAAAUAAUGUCUUCAACUUUAUACGACAAAAUUAUUAAUAAGGAGGGUUCCAGACCCUACAAAUGUUGCGAAUAUGCUAGUAAGGUUUCUAUAAAUCUAAACCACUUUAGAAGAGAUGGCAGAUUUUGUGACAUAGAUCUCAUAUCUGGAAAAACAAAAGUUAAGGCACAUCGAGUGGUACUGGCUGCUAGUUGUGAAUAUUUCGAUGCAAUGUUUAAUGUAGGCUUAGAAGAAAGCCAAAAAGGUCGUGUGGUUCUUCCAAGUGUACCUCCAGGCAUACUUCCUAUGAUUAUUGAUUUUAUAUAUACAGGUGAAAUUGAGAUUGAUAAGGCCACUGUGCAACACCUAAUGAUAGCAGCUGAUAUGUUUCAACUUAGAGAACUUGUAAUUGGUUGUGGAGAAUUUUUAAAGAGAGAGCUACAUCCUUCAAAUGCCCUCGGAAUAUUCAGGUUUGCAGAAACCCAUAAUUGUACCGAAUUGGCUGAAGAAGCAUUAACACAUGCCCAAGCUAAUUGGAACUUGGUUGCUAAUGGAGAUGAAUUACUAGAAUUACCUUUGCAACAACUCAUUACACUUUUAUCAUCAGAGCAACUUAAAGUGGAUAAUGAAGCUCAGGUUUUAUAUCCAGCACUAAAGUGGCUGGAAUACGAUCCGGCAAACAGAAGACGUCACUGUUUUGAAGUUUUAAGUAACGUUCGUUUACCACUUAUUUCGCCGCAAAUUUUGGACGAUGCAAUUAAAACAGUACAAGAUCCCUCCAUCGUCGUCGCUUUGAAAACAGUCAGAGUCGAUAUGAAGUCGGGGCGCGGCGCGCUGGUGUCGCUGUCGGCCGAGCCGCGGGCGCGCGCGCGCCGCAUGCUGGUGGUGGCGGGCGGCUCGUGCCACGACGCCGCGCCGCACCCGCCGCACGCCGCCGACAACAUACUCUCCUCGGUUCUCAAGUUCGACCUGCAUAAGAGAGAAUGGGAGGAACUCUCGUCAAUGUGUAUAGCGCGUAUACAACCAGGAGUUGCUAUGUUGGGUGGACGCGUUUAUGCAGUGGGAGGAGAGCAGGGCAGUCAGAUAUUAGCUAAUGGUGAAGUGUAUGAUCCACAGACUGAUAAAUGGUCAAAUAUAGCACCAAUGAAAGAAGCUCGAUGUGAAUUUGGCCUCACUGCAUGGAACGGAAAUCUAUACGCCUUCGGCGGAUGGGUGGGAUCGGACAUGGGUGCUUCCGUGGAGGUCUAUGAUCCUAUAUCCGACGAGUGGACGCUAUCCGGAAGAAUGCCGGAACCGCGAUUCGGAAUGGGCGUCGUUAACUUUGAAGGUCUGAUAUACGUGGUGGGCGGCUGCACGCACACGUGGCGCCACACGCGCGACCUGCUGUGCUACCAGCCCGCGUCGCGCAAGUGGCGCGCGCUGGCCUCCAUGCGGCACGCGCGCAGCCAGGCCGCCGCCGUCGUGCUGGGCGCGCACCUCUACGUCAUCGGCGGCAACGCGCCGCGCCGCACCGUGCUCUCCUCCGUCGAGAGAUACAGCUUCGACGACGACUCGUGGGAGGAGGUGGCGAGCCUGCAGCAGGCGCGCGCGGGCUGCGCGGCGGGCGCGGCGGACGGCGUGCUGCUGGUGGCGGGCGGCGACAGCGAGUGCGCGGGCGAGCGCGCCUUCUACCGUGCGCGCACCACGCUGUCGUCGGUGGAGCUGUACGAGCCCGUGCGCGACGCGUGGCUGGCGGCGCCGCCGCUGCCGCACUCGCGCGCCGAGGCGGGCGCCGCCCUGCUCUGACGAACUCCGUCCCGCCUCAGGUACGAGGACGUCGACGUAUAUCUCCUAUGUGUGACUGUAAUUGUUGUAAAUGUAAUGUUUUGCGUGUAAAAUAGAUACUACUUAGCGGUAGAGGAUACAUUAUAGGCAUACUUUUACGCCGACGACCGUCUGAUCGGGGACCGCGUGUCUAGAGAAACGGUAAAAAAAAUUACUUUACCUAAAUAAAAAUAUUGAGUUCAUAUUAUUACGUGUCAUUAAUAAAGUGGCUCAAAAUAUCUAUCUCAGGAAUUUGAUAACGUUAAUGAUAUUAUCCGAGGCAAAAAAUUAAAAGAUCAGAAAAAAUCUCGAUAAUUUAAAUGAAUAUUCUUUUUACACAUCUCAAUAUUAUGUUAAAUAAUAGAUUCCUAUUAUUUAACAUAUUUUUU